AUGAAAGGAUUGUAUGAAGAGGCCAAACCAUCACCCCAGAUAUCCAACUCUGCAUCAACUAGCAGCCAAUCCAAAGAAGAUGAUCUAGAAAUGGGUUCCAAUGCAUUGUCAAACAGUGCAGAUCAUCAAGUCUUGAAUAACUCUGCCUUCUUCUGUUUUCCCCUCAGAAUGAAUUUAAAUCUUGUUCGUGCGGUUGUGGCAGAGAUGGUUGGAACUUUUAUCUUGAUGUUCUGUGUAUGUGGGAUCAUAGCAAGCACACAGCUGUUAAAAGGACAAGUAGGUCUUAUGGAGUAUGCAUCCACAGCAGGUUUAACAGUAGUAGUUGUGAUUUUUUCCGUAGGCUCCAUCUCUGGUGCUCAUGUUAACCCUGCCGUCACAGUAGCCUUUGCAACCUUUGGUCAUUUCCCAUGGUCCAGGGUUCCUCUAUACGCAUUGGCACAAACAUUGGGUUCUGUUCUGGCAGCAUUCAUCGGAAAACUCGUGUAUGGCAUAAAUCCAGACCUCAUGCUCACUAAACCAGAACAAGGCUGUGUUUCAGCAUUCUGGGUGGAACUCAUUGCAACUUUUAUUGUUAUGUUCCUUGCUGCUUCUAUGGCACAUCAUGCUCAAGCUGUUGGUCUUUUAUCUGGGUUUGUUGUUGGCAUUGCCAUCGGACUAGCUGUGCUAAUCACCGGGCCUGUUUCAGGAGGAUCAUUGAACCCAGCAAGGUCCUUAGGACCAGCAAUUGUUUCAUGGAACUUCAAGGACAUUUGGAUAUACAUAUGUGCCCCAACCAUUGGAGCUGCUUCAGGGGCUCUCCUUUUUCAAGUUUUGAAAAUCCCACCCUGCAAUCCCAGCCUCACACCUUCUACUAAUACCUGUCUACUUGGAUGA